AUGUCGGCCACUGUUCGAAGGUUUUAUUCCCCCACACAGAAAGAUGGCAGGAUUAAAUUGGGAACAGAAGUUAGUUGGAAUAUGUACGACUGUUUCGGAAGCCAACAUUUCAAUAUCAAUGCUGCGGUGCUGCAUGAACUCAUGAUCAAAUUUGGGAAGGUUAAGGUAAGAGGGCAAGGUUAUGACGGAGCAAGCAAUAUGCGCGGUGAGUUCAAUGGAUUAAAGGCCUUGAUCUUGAAUGAAAAUAGCUCGGCAUAUUAUAUCCAUUGUUUUGCUCACCAACUUCAAUUAGUUGUUAUAGCGGUUGCCAAUAAACAUGAUGGAGUUGAGAACUUUUUUAAUAUGUUAGGAAUGGUGAUCAAUGUGGUGAAUGCUUCUUGCAAGCGUAAAGACAUGCUUCGACAAAGUUAUAAAGAUAGAGUGCAAGAAGCAAUUGGUAAAUGUGAAAUUGAUAUUGGAACAGGGAAAUACCAAGAGCUUUCUCUUAUACGAGCUGGAGAUACACAGUGGGGUUCUCAUUACAAAACCAUUUUGAGCUUGAUUGCUUUGUUUCCGAAUGUUGUUGAAGUGCUCUGGUAUGUUGAAGAUGACGGGGAUAAUGGUUUUAGUCGCACUCAAGCAACUGGCUUUGGAUAUGGAAGACCGUUAUUCAAAAAAAGAAGACAAAUGACCGACAUCACCAAUUGUCAUUAUUACAAGUUAGAUAUUUUCAACACUGUUGUGGACAUGCAAAUUCAAGAGUUUGGGGAUCGAUAUAGUGAGUUCAAUUUAUCAGAUUUAUUGAAGUUGAAUGAGUUGUAUCCUCAAAAUUUUAGUCAUAUGGAUAGGAUCGCUUUUGAGAAACAACUUAACAUGUACUAUUUGAUUAUGCGUCAAGAUGAAAGAUUUGCCAAUUUGAGUGGUACUGCCGAGCUCGCUAGACUGCUAGUGGAAACAAAAAAACAUAAAACUUAUCCUCUAGUAUAUCGGUUAUUGAAGUUGGCUUUGGUUUUGCCAGUUGCUACUGCAACAGUCGAAAGAUGUUUUUCUGCUAUGAAGAUUGUGAAGUCAGAUUUGCGCAACAAAAUCGGUGAUGAAUUUUUGAAUGCUGCAAGGAUAUGUAUUAUAGAAAAAGAAGCACUUCUCACAGUUUCGAAUGAUGAUGUAAUUACUCAAUUUCAAAAGAUGAAGAAUCGUAGGACACAGUUGUAA